UUGCCUAUGCAUUGAAACGGCCCUGGGUGUGGAUAUACCAUAAACCCUGGUAAUGCUGUCAAUGUGUAGGUAGUGACACAUUAAUUUAUGGCUACGAAUAGAAACUGGGUGGGAACAAGAAAGAAUUUUGGCAUAACGCCAAUCAUAAUGUUCUGUGUUAGAAAAACAGAGCCUGGUAUGUUAUGAAAAAGAAUGUUUAUCUUAAAAAAAAAAAAAGCAGCCACCUGACUUAAGUUAAAUUAACUCCACCCCUACUCACUUCAUAUUAGAAUUGUUCAGAAUGACUUCAGUUCAGUAUUGUUCAUAAUGCUCACACUCUCUCACCUACCGGACUAAAUGGGCAAGUUUAAGUAUACUUGCUAUUUACUUUUAACCCUGAGCUUCAUUUCAGUUCUGUUUUAUAUAAACAGACAAGCAGAGGAUGGACAUGAAAGAUAUAUCUAUGCCAAGCCUCAAGAUUCUUCUAAGCCGGAAAUGAAAUCACAGCUGGACACUGAAGAAAACGGGAGAUGUGAGGGGAAGAUUCACACAAACCCGAUGCCACCGAAGCUGACGCUCAGACAGUAUGCCAGAAAGAAGCUUGUUUAUGACCUGUGCAGCACAAAAACCAUAUUGGACACCAGAAGCAAAUGGCAGACAUUUGACCAAAUUCCCAAGUGGGAGUUGUACAAUUUGCUUGUAGACGAUCGGCAUGGAAUAAUCUACUGCUAUGUUCCAAAAGUUGCCUGCACUGCAUGGAAACGGAUCAUGAUUGUUCUGAGUGAGGGCCUGAAGGUGCAUGGUGUACCUUACAGGGACCCUGCAGACGUCCCCAUCGAAGAUGUUCAUGGAUCCUCUCUACAGCACCUUAACCAAUACCCGAAGGUAGUGAUAAAACAAAAACUUCAGACAUACAAAAAGUUCAUAUUUGUCAGAGAUCCAUUUGUUAGACUGAUUUCAGCCUACAGAGAUAAGUUACAAAGCCCAAAUCAGAUAUAUUAUGAAACAAUAGGGAUGGACAUAUUACGCACAUUUGGAAAUGUCUCUAAUCCGCCAGCAUCAGUAGAGAAAGCCCAUGCUGAUGGCAUUGUUCCUUCUUUCUACAACUUUAUCCAAUAUAUACUGAGCCUCCCAGCAGGCAACGACACAGCAUUUGAUGAACAUUGGCGACAAACAAUUAACUUGUGCCAUCCCUGCCUGAUUAAUUAUGACUUUAUCGGGAAGAUGGAAACCAUCGAGGAAGAUGCUGCUCAACUACUACGAAUUCUCCAUGUUGAUAACAUUGUCGACUUUAAACCAUGGAUCAAAAAUAAAACAGAGCCAAGUGAGAUAAUGACCUGGUUUGCCAACAUCCCCUUGGAGUGGAGGAGGAAACUCUACAAAGUUUAUGAGGAAGACUUCAGACUGUUUGGAUAUGAAAAUCAUGAACACCUAGACGAUCUCCAUCUUGAAAACAUCACCUGAAUUGUUUGUUGUGUUCUGUAGUGUGAUCGUUGUCUUUGUUCAUUUGUAGGGGAAUCUUGUGCUAGGACUUUAUGUUGGUAACUUAGUCCCCUUUACUGAUUUGAAUGGCAUUGGUGUUAUGGUGAUGGAAAAUAUUAUUCCUUGUUUUCACAUUACAGUUGAUCUGUUUAAGUUGCAGGACUAAUCUAAGCUUCAGCUUAAUAUGCCAACAGUCCUCAUAGAAAAUUGUUUUUGUUGGAUCAGGUUAAAUUUUACCUGAUGUUUUUUUGUCAUGUAUGUUUGAUUGCUUUCUGUGGAUUUAUGCACUACCAGAAUUUUCAUUAGUAGAACAAGCUCAAUAUUCACUCACCCCGUUCUUUCCCAGAUUCCUAUUCCAGGAUAUUGCCAUUUGCAGAGGUGCUUUUGUUCCAAACUUAUAAAAUGUAUCACUUGUCUAUCCUUUAAUGGUGUUGCCAGUAGCUCAUGGCAAAAUACUUAGUAACUACUUAUUAUUAUCUGGUAUUACAUAUUACUGAAUAGUUAAUACAAAUUCAUAAUAUACAAAUAAAACACUAAUGGGUAAAUAUUAAGUCCCUGUGUAUGAGCUGUAACUAUAGUGUCAUGAUCUCGCCAGCAGAGGGUGCUGCGGCGUUGACGUGCACGAGCGGCUGGAGAGUGCAUGCACAUGCUUGAAGUGCGCAUGGACAAGAAGACUGUUUUUACAGUGGACAUGUGCACUUGUUUUGGUUCCUAUUCUGUCCCUGCCCGGUUCAGUUAUUGGCGGAGGUGCGAGGGUGUGUUUUGAAGUGUUUCCAGCUGUCAGCCAUUAAGGUAAUUGUUUCCACGCACGUCGGGCGGUAUUAGAGAAUAAUAGCGUAGAGUAAUGACGGAUUAAAGGAAAGACGGAAUGUAUACAUGGUGCCAUGCUCUGUCUAGUUUCCUGUUCCUAGUUUCAUGCUCUAGUUAAAAGAGAGUCCAUGCCAUAGAUAGAAGAGUGUCCAUGCCAUAGUUAGAAGAGUGUCCAUGCCUUAGCUAAACGAGUGUUCAUGUCUUAGCUAAACGAGUGUUCAUGUCUUAGUUAAACGAGUAUUUAUGCCUUAGUUCAACGAGUGUUUCCUGCCUUAAGUGUAAAUAAAGACUUUA